UGACCGCUAGGGGGCCAAAAAUCAAAAACAAAAUUUUCGAUGAGUUUUCGAUGAAUAUCUCGAAAACGACGACAUAAUUUUUUUUUCAUUUUUUGAUAUGUUGUAGCUGACCAUAUUAUCUAGCCUCAUGCCAAAAAUGAAGAAAAUCUAUGGAUCCGUUCUCGAGAUAUAGCCUUCCAAAGUUGGCAUGUCAUAUCUCGGGUUCUACAAGUCCGAUCUUGAUCAACUCAAGCGCAAAUGAAAGGUUUCGAGAAACCCUACAAAUGUCUAGAACAUUGCAACUUCGAGAAAUGACCGCAAGAGGCGCUAAAGUCAAAAACAAAGUUUUCGAAAAUUUUGAACUCGAAUUUUUCGAAAAUGGCGACAUAAAUUUUUUUCAUUUUUCGAUAUGUUAUAGCUGACUUCAAGACCUUUCAAACAAAAAAAAAUUUAUGAAAAUCUAUGGAUCCGUUCUCGAGAUAUGGCCUUCUAAAGAUUUAUUAGCGUAUGACUUUUCUACUUUUCCCGACUUUGCGUGUAUUUAAAUUAAUUCGCGUUAUAGUUUGCUCUCACAAAAUUGGUACACUGAAAGAAACACAGCUCCCGUAAGCUUGGUCAGCUUACCAGUACAUUUUAUUUGGUUGUUGAAUACCCUGAUAAAUUAUUAAAUAUUUUCAUUAAAUUCUUGUUUAAGAAAAAAAGAGGAUUUGUGCGUAAUCCCGGCAAAACAGAGAGUACAAAAGUAUUUGUAUUUUUUCCCUAUGAGCGAAUUUGCUUAAAAUUAGAGCAAAAUAUUAGUAUUUGGAUUUAGUAUGAGAUUCUGUUUUCUUAAUUUAAGAAACUCCUCGGGCGUAAUUAGUGGAUUAUUCGUGAGAAAGGUGGGGAGGGGCCAUUAAUUCAUUCUGUGUAUUUUGUUAAAUGUAUAAAUUUGCAAUGUUUAUUAAAUCAUGAUGACAUGGUAUAAUUGCCCCAAGAAGUAGCCGCAUUGCACCAUUAAAGUCCUGGACUUUCUCAGCAGACCGUAACAAUUGAGUGUGCCAACAAGACGUGGAAUUAGUUGAAAAGAAAAGCGAAGCAGUUUUGGGGAAAGAAAAAAGUUUCGUUUGAACAUUUUUUUUAAUUGAGAGGUAUGAGUGGAAUUGAGGAUAUUCUCCCAGAUUUGCCCGAUGGACCGUUGUCGGUGUAUCGGCAACGGGCACGUUUCAAUUGGCGCAAGAUGGCCCUAAUACUCGAUGGGGAGGACAUUCUGCAGCUAAAGUACAAAAUUUGGAAUUAUCUCAGUCGUGAUCCACUUUUUGCCCACACAAACUACACACUCCCCGUGAAGGAGCAACGUGAUUUGGCACAGAAGCGCCAGAAGAAGUUCUUUCAAGAAUUCUACAAAAUUAUCUACGAUAGUGCACAUAUUUCCCCCAAAAUUGCCAAAACCUUCCUCAUGGCUCUUGUUUCCUACGAUGCGUGCUUCCCGGGAAAAUUACUCUUGUCGCUUGAACUCUUCUCUGGCACAUUGAGAUCCCUCGGUACGGAUGCCCUCGCGGAUAUCAUUGAACUUACGAAACAAGGAAAGAUUUGUGGUACAUUUGCCGUGACUGAAAUUGCCCAUGGGACAAAUACACGUGGGCUCCGAACUACGGCAACGUAUGACCCAGCAACGGAGGAAUUUAUCAUUCACACACCUGACUUUGAGGCGGCUAAAUGUUGGGCAGCAAAUUUAGCGGAAACUGGGACACAUGCCAUCAUCUAUGCGCAACUCUAUACACCUGAUGGGAUGCAUCAUGGUCUCAAUGGGUUCCUUGUGCCCCUUCGGGAUCCAGAUACAAUGGAAUCACUUCCUGGGGUCCUGAUCGGAGAUCUUGGUGAGAAGGCUGGCCUCAAUGGACUUGACAAUGGCUUCGUGAUGUUCCAACAAUGUCGCAUUCCACGAACCUACAUGUUAUCACGCGUGAGUGAAGUCACACCAACCGGAGAAUUUGUAACACGCGUUGAGGACUCCAAGAAGCGCUUCAGCAUCAUUCUGGGAAUUUUAUCCGAGGGACGUGUGGCCAUUUGCUGUGGUGUUACGUACAACAUCGUCAAAGCCGUCACAAUUGGAAUACGUUACUCAGCAGCAAGACGACAAUUUUCACCGGAAGGCAGUGACGCUGAAUUGCCGGUAAUUGAGUACCAGACACAGCAGUAUCGUCUCUUUCCACACCUGGCCAUUGCCUUUGCCACGCUCACCUUUGUCGAUUGGCUCUAUCACGCCAACUAUGCCAUCAAGCAGAUCUCCCUGCGUGGCGGUGACAUUGGGCUGAGCAAGGGUAUUGAGAUGCACGCCCUGUCAUCCGUGGCUAAGGCCAUCACAACAUGGGCAGCAAGGGAUGCAGUUCAGGAUUGCCGGGAGGCAUGUGGUGGUCAUGGGUAUCUGAGAGCAGCACAGCUGGGCUUCAUACGGAGUGACAAUGAUGCCAGUUGCACGUACGAGGGGGCAAAUAAUGUGCUAAUUCAGCAGGCUUCCAAUUGGCUUCUGGCCACACGGUUCAGAGGUCACGAGGAAUUUCGCACAAAGUCACCCUACGGAUCGGCUGCUUUCUUUGCUGAUCUCCCAACAAUUAUUCAAACUAAAUUUCACUGGGAUACCCCUCAAGAAGUUAUGGAGCCACAAAAUCUCCUCACAACACUGGAUUGGCUAUGUUGCUACCUACUUGAGAAGACAGCUGAUAAAGCGGAAAAGAUUCAGAGCGGAGGGAAUGAUUCAAUAUCAGAAAUUCGACACAAAAUUCAGGUCUUCAAUGCAAUACCACUGGCAUUGGCGUACGGGCAACGAAUGAUAUUCCAGACAUUCUACAAAUUUAUUCUGAACCUAAAUGGGGUCACUGCAGAAAAGGUCGUGCUGACAAAAUUGCUGAGUCUCUAUGGGUGCUACAUUAUUCUACAGUACAUGUCCUAUCUUCAGAAGGGAGGUUUCCUGUUGAGAGCAAAAGACAGCGAUCUCUACGAGGAGGCCUAUUUGUAUCUUCUGGAGGACAUCAAGGACGACGCUGUAUCCCUCGUGGAUGCCAUUGCACCGCCAGAUUUCAUUGUAAACUCCCCACUGGGAUUGAGUAAUGGGGAAAUUUAUGAGAAUCUUAAAGCCACACUCAAUAAGAUAAAUAAAAAUAAAUUGUGAGAAUAA